AUAGCGGCUAGUAAUGCAGUUUGUUUUACCUUACAUUUCUGUCGUUUGCAGAGGAGAGAGAAGGGAAUGACCUCUCCCUGUAUCUGGAUUGAUUCAGAGUAGACUGAUAGCGAAGAACUCAUGUAUCCCGCUUCAGCUGACAGGAUCCUCGUGGAAGGAGAGGUGCUGUACCGCGACAGGCAGAAGUGGCGGUCGCGAUGGUGCUGCAUGAAGAAAACAAAUCCUGCUGGAAUGCCCCACACCCAGCUGCUGAUCUAUGCGUCUAAGCCUGACACCAGCAGAGCAUCUCCGCAAGAACGGCACUCGCUUGAGGAUUUCUGUGGACUAGACUACGGCCGGCCGCUCGAGGGAGAAGCCAACGCGCUGACGGUGAUAACUGCUCACAUAUCCUACACAUUCGCCUUCAAAGUCUUGCUGGACCUAGAGCGCUGGACUCGUAUACUGAAGCGGGAGCUUGGAUCAGAAUGGAUGUUUGAUGUAAAGGUGCUUCCAACCCAGAACAAAAUCAAGGCAGGAGAGGCGACACUGCGUUUCUUCCCAUCGUACUUCAGCUUAACGUCAGGCAACCCAUGCGCCUGUCUCGGGUACUGGAUGCACAAUCAGCUACGGAGAUACGGAGGCUCUUCUGGAUUCUCCUUUGAGGCUGGCUCGAAGUGUUAUGGUGGCGAAGGUGUGUAUAGACUGGAGAGCAAGCAUGGAGCUAAAAUUAAGGACCUCUUUGACCGUGUGGCCAACAAUCGUCCAUUGCCAGACCCGCUAAAAAUGUCAAUGUCUUCAGCGCGUGAGCGCAGCAGCAUGGGCAGUGACUCCGCACCGGAAACAUCACCAGUGGGUCAUCCGGCUGUACUCGUGUCGUCAAAUGCCCGCAGCGUGCAGCGAGCCAGUGACUCUUCAGAGCUGUACACGUUACCGCCAACAAUGGCCGCCGCCGCCGGUGGCAACAGCAGUCGAACUAGCAGCUCAUCCAUAGAACACCGCCAGUCGCCGAUGACACCAAAUAACUCCUACCAGCCAGUUCCCAGCGCUACAUCUCCUGUGACGCCCGUCACGGCAGACCUGAACAUGGACCGACCACCGAUGGCUGUGCCAUCAGCGUCACUGCAAACGGCACCGCAACCCGAAGGUCAUUACGAGAACAUGGGCGAUGGCGGUAGCAACACCUACGCAUACGUUCCCAUUAAAAUACAGCCGAGAAGCAUACCAGACGCAGUUUUGACUGUAAGCGCGCCCAGCAAGCAGGUCAAAGGUCAGAAGGUAGUAGACAAAAUAAUGUAA